AUGUUCUCCAAAAUGAUUUUGCUUCUGAUCUUAUCUAUCAAUGUACUCAUGUACACAUCCGUUGCAGCAGACAACGAUGCUGUCAAACUCAACCCAAGCUUUACCGAAAUCACUGCACGAGUACUUCCUCUCAAAUACUCCGAUCAAGCAAUCUUAUGGAAACGUUCUCCUGUCAGUGAAAAUGGCAAAAUGAUGAUCAAACGUGCCUCUACUACUUUCUCAAGCAGUAGUGAAACUGGUUCACCACCACCAUCAUCACAUCGUUCAAGUAGCAAUGAGAGUAUUGAUUCUUUAGUAGCUGAGUUCAAGAAUUUAAAAAUCUCUCCUCCUCGUCGUCAAAAAAGUUUUUCUGCACCUUCUUCUCCUGCUCGUUCAAGUCAAUUACCGCCAAGAUCUCCCAAUCGUUCGCCUGCCUCUACUGGUGGUGGUGCACUUUCUCACAGAAGAAAAAGUCCUUCUAAACUUAGCAGCGAGAGUCACGAUCCCGCCAAUGUGCCCAAGAAAGGUGGUGCUCAAGCACGUGAUGGACAUAGCCAUUGCUCUUGCAGAAGAGUAGGUGGUGUGUGUGGUUGUUGA